AUGAGCAGGCUCCUGGAGAUCCUAUUGAACAAGGUGGUGCUGAUGCAGGACAUUAGCUUCACCUGGGACCAACAGCAGAGGCCACAAUACCUGGCCGUGCCAGACUGGUGCCAGCCUCCAGAACAGAUUGGUACCCAGCCUCCAGACCGCACUGGUACUCAGCUUCCAGAACACACUGGUACCCAGGCUUCAGACAGCACUGGUACCCAGCCUCCAGACCGAACCGGUACCCAGACUCCAGAACACACUGCUACCCGGCUCCAGAUCACACUGGCCGCACUGGUACCCAGCUUCCAGAACACACUGGUACCCAGCCUCGAGACCACACUGGUAAACAGCCUCCAGACUGCACUGGUACCCAGCCUCGAGAACGAACUGGUACACAGCCACCAGACUGUAGUGAUACCCAGCCUCCAGACCGGACUGGUACCCAGCCUCAAGACCGCACCUGAACCCAAACACCAGAACACACUGAUACGCAGCUGCCAGAACACACUGGUACCCAGCCUCCAGACCGCACUACCUCCACAAGCACUGGUACUCAGCCUCCAGAACACACUGAUACCCAGCCUCCAGACCGCACUAGUACCCAGCCACCAGACCGUACAGGUAUCCAGGCUCCAGAACACACUGGCACCCAGCCUCCAGAAUACACUGGUACCCAGCCGAGAACGCACUGGGACCCAGCCCCCUGAACACAUUAGUACCCAGCCUCCAGAACACACUAGUACGCAGCCUCCAGACCGCACUCCUAAUCAGCCUCCAGACCGCACUCCUAAUCAGCCCCCAGACCGCACUGGUACUCAACCUCCAGAACACACAGGUGCCCAGCCUCCAGAACACACUGGUAGUCAGCCUCUAGAACACACUGGUACACAGCCUCCAGACCGCACUGGUACUCAGCCUCCAACCGCACCAGUACCCAGCAUCCAGACCCCUCGUGACGGCACUGGUAGCCAGCAUCCAGACGGCACUGGUACCCAGCCUCCAGAACGAACAGGUGCCCAGCCUCCAGAACACGCUGGUACACAGCCUCCAGAACACACUGGUACCCAGCCUCGUGACGGCACUGGUAGCCAGCAUCCAGACCGCACUGGUACCCAGCCUCUAGAACGCACCGUUACCCAGCUUCCAGAACAUGCUGGUACACAGCCUCCAGAACACACUGGUGCCCAGCCUCUAGAACACACUGGUACACAGACUCCAGACCGCACUGGUAAUCAGCCUCCAGACCGCACUGGUACUCAGCCUCCAGACCGCACUGGUACUCAGCCUCCAGAACACACUGAUACCCAGCCUCCAGACCGCACCAGUACCCAGCCAACAGACCGUACAGGUAUCCAGGCUCCAGAACACACUGGCACCCAGCCUCCAGAAUACACUGGUACCCAGCCCGCAGAACGCACUGGGACCCAGCCCCCUGAACACAUUGGUACCCAGCCUCCAGAACACACUAGUACGCAGCCUCCAGACCGCACUCCUAAUCAGCCUCCAGACCGCACUCCUAAUCAGCCCCCAGACCGCACUGGUAGCCAGCAUCCAAACUGCACUGGUACCCAGCCUCUAGACCGCACCGUUUCCCAGCCUCCAGAACACACUGGUACUCAGCCUCCAGAACACACUGAUGCCCAGCCCCCAGAACACACUGGUACCCAGCCUCCAGACCGCACCAGUACCCAGCCUUCAGGCCGUACCGGUACCCAGCCUCGAGAACACACUAGUACACAGCAUCCGGACCGCACUGGUACUCAGCCUCCAGAUCACACUGGUAUCCAGCCUCCAGAAAGCACUGGUACCCAGCCUCCAGACCGCACUGGUAUCCAUUUCCCAGAACACACUGGUACACAGCCUCCAGACAGCACUGGUACCCAGCCUCCAGAUCGCACUGGUGCCCAGCCUCCAGGCCGCACUGGUAACCAGCCUCCAGAACACACUGGAACCCGGCCACCAGAACAGACUGGUACCCAGCCCAUAGACCGCACUGGUACCCAGUCUCCAGACCACACUGGUACCCAGCCUCCAGAGCGUGAUGGUACCCAUUUCCCAGAACACACUGGUACCCAGCCUCCAGAACACACGGGUACCCAGUUCCGAGACCACACUGGUACCCAGCCUCCAGGACACACUGGUACUCAGCCUCCAGACCGCACUGCCUCCAGAACACGCUGGUACCCAGCCACCAGACUGUACUGA